UCCUACACCAGCCGUCACCUCUAUUCCCACUUGAAUCUGCUCAAGACCAACGCAUGGUGUCACCUCAAGUCCAACACCACCAGUUACCCCAACUUCUUCUUUAGCCGUUGCCUCAAAUCCAUCCACGUCUGUCACCUUAAAUCCAUCACCAACUAUCACCUCAGGUCCAACACAGUCAUCACCUCAAAUCCCUCUUCAGUCACCUCACGUCCAACAACAGCUAUCACCACAGAUCCAACACCGUCCAUCACCAGCUGUCAUGACAAGUCCAACACCAGCCGUCACCUCAAUUCCCACCUGAGUCACCUCAAGAACAACACCAGCCGUCACCACCACUACAACCCCAGCCGUCACCUCAAGGACAACACCAAUAGUCAAUGCAUGUGCAUUACCAGGAGUUACGUCAAAUCAGCUGUCACCUCACCUCCAUCUCCAGUCGUCACCUCCAGUCCAACACCAGCUAAGUCACCUCAAUUCCUCAAGCAGCAGUCACCUCAACCCACCAACAGCAGUCACCGCAAUUCCAACACCAGGAGUAAACUCAAGUCCGUCACCAGCCGCUAUGUCAAGUCCAUCCUCAGCUGUCAACUCCAUUUCCUCAGUCUCCUCAACUCCAACGGCAGCCGUCACCUCAAUUCCAACACCAGCAGUCGCGUCAUCUCCGUCACCAGGAUUCAUCUCCAGUCCAUCCUCAUCUGUCACCUCAAGUCCAUCGUCAGUUUUGACCUCAAGUCCAACACCAGCUGUCACCUCAAGUCCAUCGUCAGUUUUGACCUCAAGUCCAACACCAGCUGUCACCUCAAGUCCAUCGUCAGUUUUGACCUCAAGUCCAACACCAGCUGUCACCUCAAGUCCAUCGUCAGUUUUGACCUCAAGUCCAACACCAGCUGUCACCUCAAGUCCAUCGUCAGUUUUGACCUCAAGUCCAACACCAGCUGUCACCUCAAGUCCAUCGUCAGUUUUGACCUCAAGUCCAACACCAGCUGUCACCUCAAGUCCAUCGUCAGUUUUGACCUCAAGUCCAACACCAGCUGUCACCUCAAGUCCAUCGUCAGUUUUGACCUCAAGUCCAACACCAGCUGUCACCUCAAGUCCAUCGUCAGUUUUGACCUCAAGUCCAACACCAGCUGUCACCUCAAGUCCAUCGUCAGUUUUGACCUCAAGUCCAACACCAGCUGUCACCUCAAGUCCAUCGUCAGUUUUGACCUCAAGUCCAACACCAGCUGUCACCUCAAGUCCAUCGUCAGUUUUGACCUCAAGUCCAACACCAGCUGUCACCUCAAGUCCAUCGUCAGUUUUGACCUCAAGUCCAACACCAGCUGUCACCUCAAGUCCAUCGUCAGUUUUGACCUCAAGUCCAACACCAGCUGUCACCUCAAGUCCAUCGUCAGUUUUGACCUCAAGUCCAACACCAGCUGUCACCUCAAGUCCAUCGUCAGUUUUGACCUCAAGUCCAACACCAGCUGUCACCUCAAGUCCAUCGUCAGUUUUGACCUCAAGUCCAACACCAGCUGUCACCUCAAGUCCAUCGUCAGUUUUGACCUCAAGUCCAACACCAGCUGUCACCUCAAGUCCAUCGUCAGUUUUGACCUCAAGUCCAACACCAGCUGUCACCUCAAGUCCAUCGUCAGUUUUGACCUCAAGUCCAACACCAGCUGUCACCUCAAGUCCAUCGUCAGUUUUGACCUCAAGUCCAACACCAGCUGUCACCUCAAGUCCAUCCUCAGCUGUCAACUCCAUUUCCUCAGUCUCCUCAACUCCAACGGCAGCCGUCACCUCAAUUCCAACACCAGCAGUCGCGUCAUCUCCGUCACCAGGAUUCAUCUCCAGUCCAUCCUCACCUCCCCCCUGAGUCCACCAUCAGCUGUGAGCUCGAGUCUAACAACAGAACAGCAGCAGUCACCUCAAGCCCCCCAUCAGGUCUCACCUCACGUCCAUCAUCAGAUGUCACCUCAAAGCCACCAUCAGCUGUCACCUCACAUCCAACACCAGAGUCACCUCAUUUCCAACACCAACAGUCACCUCAAGUACAACACCAGCAGUCACCAAAAUUCCUACACGCGAAUUCUCCUCAUUCCAAACAGUCGUCGCCACAAUUCCAACACCAGCAGUCACCUCACGCCCAUCAGCAGCUCUCACCUCCAGUCCACCCUCAUCUCACCCCUGAGUCCACCAUCAGCUUUGAGCUCGAGUCUAACAACAGCAGUCACCUCAAGUCCAACACAAGAAGUCACCUCAGGUUCCGCUUGA